UUGACAAUGACACGACGCCAGUCUCACUCGCGCACGAGCUCUCGUCACACGCCGCCCGGCGCGACAUGUACAAUAUGUACGACACAAACAUGUUGCUUAUCAAGACAAUUGAAAAGUUUCCUUGUCUAUAUAAUUAUAAUCUACCAGAGUACCUGAAAAGGGAUGUAACUGAUAGUGCAUGGCAAGAGGUAGCUAGUCAAACUCAACUGUCGGUUGGAGAAUGUAAAGAAAAGUGGAAAAAUCUGCGGUAUGGACUUUUGCGCAGUCUAAGACUCAAUCCAGAUGGAACAGUCAAGAAGAAGUAUUAUUUACAUGACGAAAUGGAAUUUGUAUUGCCAUACAUCAGAACAUCAAGGCAACACGAAAUGGAUUUACAGCAAAUAGAAGUAGAGACAGAUGAAGAGGCAAAUGAUUUUAACGAUCAAGAUAAAAAAUCUUCUGUAAUUGGCCAUUAUCAAGAAGAAGAAAUUAUUCCUGAACCUCCAAAAAAGAAAUCUAAAAACAGAGAUACUAAAUCAAAUAAUAAUAAUCAGCCAUUUGAUGAAUCAAGAAAAAUGUUUUUGUUAGGUUUGUUACCAGAAGUUAAUGCCUUAACUGAAAGCCAAAUGAAAGUCUUCAGAAGAAAAAUAUUAUCACUUUUGGAUGACAUUGCUGACACUCCAAAUCAAUACGAAAUGUGCUUACUUCAGUGGCAGAAAGAUACAGUAGAACAAGAGACACAAAGUUCUAGUAAUGAAGCUGUUAAAAAGGAACCUUUGUAAUGAAAAUGAUUAUUUUAAUCUUGUGAAACAAGUUCACAGGUAUAUACUUGGUGCUUUGGAUUUUCCCACAUUUCAUAUAUUAUUCUUGCUUUUCCUAAGGACUAGAGCGCCAACUGAUGACUUAUAAGCAAGAGUUACAGAACUCAAAAGAUGGCGUCGGAAGCAAGAAAUUAACAACAUAAUCAUUGUUAGACAUUUCUUAUUUAUUAUUAAUAAAACAAUACAAUCUAAAAAAAA